AUGGCCAAGUGCCCUGGAAGAAGAUGCCCAAAGUAUAAAGUAAAGUGUGAGAUUGAAGAAAGAGACCAGUGCUCCCGACACAAACAGUGUCCAGCAGACCAGAAGUGCUGCCUGUUCGCCUGUGGGAAGAAAUGCUUGGACCUCAGCGAAGGUGUUCACAUCUGUUCCCAGUCCUCUGUGUGCAAAAUCACAAUUGUGAGUCAGGAUGAAAGUGUCUAUCAUAAGAUGCUAAAGUGUCUAUCAUAA